UGCCAGGAUAAUUAGACCAGAGGAAACUUUCCCAGGCAGAAGAAAGCAGACCAAGAAUACUGCCGAGAAUCAAUCAGGUGACAGCAAUGAAGCACAAACAGAAUUUCCAACUAAACAGUGUAGAAAGGAAACCUCUUCAAAAUCUGAGAAAAAGAAGAUGACAAAUGUAAUAAAAUUCCCUUGCAAAAAUGUACAGACCCAGACGGAGUGUAAUGGGCAUCAUGUAACAACCAUUACCAAAAAUGGCUCUGUCACUAGUGAAAACCCAGUAAAAAGUAGGACUUCAGAUUUUGAGCAUGAUGGUACCAAUACAUUUAGGCAGCUUCCACAGAGUUGUGAAGAUGUUCCUCUAAGACAAAUGGAAGUUACCAUCUCAAGUUGUGAAUUCUGUCACUUGCCAAAUAAACCAUUUCCAACCAUUGAGCAACUUGCUUCAGAACCCGGCAGCAAACUAUUUUGCUGUGUGAAAAUCCAGGAACUCUUUCAGCACAUGAUUAUGGAUACUAUUGAGUCAUGUACACCUGAGAAAACUGAGGAGGAGACCAAAGAUGAACAAACAGCGGCUCACAUUUCGGAUGAGAUGAGAGCUCUAAGUGAACUCCGAGAACAGAUGAAGAAAACAGACACUAAGGAAUACAUUACAUAUUUAGCAAACCAUCUUAGCACACAUGGAUCUCUUUUUUUGAUGGAGAAAAUAUCCUUUACUCUGGCAUCAGCAAAUGACACCAUCACAAACUACGCACAAUCAAAAGAUGCAUUUUCUGAUCCAGCCCACAAUGUUGAUGACUAUUUUAUUCCAGUAAUGGACAAUGAACUGAUAAAAAAGCCUAAGCAGACGAUCACACAGUCCUACAAUUCUGGACAGAAUUUCCUCAUCCUCUUUCCAGAUGGGACAGGACAGGUUCUAUAUCCAUCAGGAAAUAUUGGUAUCUUGAUUGCCUGCUCAAAACCCACCCAGUUUGUCUUUAUCAUUUUGGAGGAUGCUGAGAAGGAACCACAGAUUCAAGCCAUUUUCAUGAGUAAUGGUCAUGGAGCCUGCUACCAUCAUAACGGCACACUUUGGACUGUAUUAGAUCCAUGUGGUGGCUCUUACUUUGACGAGAAUGGGGCCCAGAAGAAACACUGGACUUGGUGGAAUUUCAGCCAGCACGUACAUGCGCCUCCUUUCCAACCAAUCACCUUUAUGCUUAAUUCCAACAUGGAAGUUAAAAUGUUAAAACAGCAUCAAGUCUAUCUGUCAUUCACAAAAGACAAAGAGAAGAUUAUCUUUAACGUUGGGUCUAAACUUCUGUUGAAAGAUCCUGAAAUAGCUUCCAAAGAGAAGUGGAGCACUGGUGAGACUGAGCUCUAUUGUUCUUCUAAAAAACUUGAAAUCUUCCGCCUUUUAAACAAAAUCCACAAACUAGUGAGAAUCUCAGCUACUUCUCAAGACAGAGAGGACAUAAUACUAGACUACAUUCACCAGCUGCAGAAGUCAUUAAAUGUGAUUAUUACACUCACCUCCAAACAGGAGAAUAUUUCCAACGUUCACAAAGCAAAGGAAAUGCAAGGAAGUGUGAAUGCGGUGAAGAAGAAGAAGAAGUCUUAUCUGCUCCCAGGCAGCACCUUGCCAUCUAAAACUGAAUUACUUAAUGAUGAGGGGAAAAAGGAGUCAGCACUCAGCAGUAACACGCCAAAAGUAAAACAUUAAGACUGGUGCGCGAAAAGACAAAUAAAAUAUGUGUGUGCCUGCAAAGGAUUUAUCAGACAUUGCUAUAGCUCCUCAUUAUCAUAAUAAAUGUAUCCUGUACCUCAUCAAAUGUCUUAAAAAGUCAUGCCACAAAGGUCAAAUUCAUUUUUGUCAGGGAUCUCCUUGGAAAUGGCAAGGAGGAACCUUCAAGCUGGGGGAGAUGUGUAAGGGCUAUAUUACACCAGGCGAUCAGUUAGUCUAGUGUUCCCCAACUCCAGUCUUCAGGGCCCACUCGCCGGUCAUGAUUUCAGAAUGUCCCACAGAAUAAAUACCCGUGAUAAGUCCUGAUGCAUUGACACUAAUUAUAUCACCUGCUCAAUACUAAGGAAAUCUUGAAAACAUGAUCGGCAGGUGGGUCCUGAAGACUAGAGUUGGGGAACACUGAGGUAGACAUUUGUUGGGAAGGAAGCGUUCCUUCCUGGCAAUCGCCUGCUCGUCAGUGGAGGAGACCACUGCAAUCACAUGCAGUGAUCUCCUCAGUGUAUGGGGAGGAGCAAUCGCUAAUGUCAUCGCUCGUCCCAAUACUGAAUCAUUAACUGUCGGCCUGGGCAGUAAUGCCUGUGGUAAAUGUUGCUACAAGUGGUAUUUACAUAUUCUGAAACAGAUAACAUAUCAAGUAUUCAUCGGGCUCCGAUGCAAUGUUGACCAAUCUUAGCAGAAAGUGAGUUCAGGAAAUGGACCGUCUGUGGGGUGUUUUGGUCUUUAUGCGAUCCCUUAAGUUUAUUCCAACAUUUACAGACCUUUCUUCCCUCUACAUUAUACACGGCCCAAUGAUCGUAAAUGAAAAAACGCUUGUUCCUGAUCACUGUUACAUGUAAGUGUGGAGCUAAUCACCCAACAAACAAGCCAAUGUAUCAUCUGAUCACAUCUUUCAUACGGCACCCAAAAUCGUCAUUUGUCAGCAGCACAACACUCUGUUUUAACUAGGGAUGUGCGGCCGACAAAUUUUUAAACUGGUUCGGGAACAAAUAAUCGUAGUAACAAUUCCUCGUUCCCCAUUAUGUGUGCAUCGGGCCGUUUAAAAAUUGAUAUGGUACUAGUUAGGGGCUGAAACUGUCCUGUGCCCAUGGCCAAUAAUGAUCGAUUAUUUGCCCCAUGCACUCUAAACGGUCUGUCUACUGUGCGUGUAUAGAAGAUGUUACUGCAAAGUAGAAGUGAUCCUGGAUGGUUCAAUUCAAAAAAUUUAAAUACACAUGUAUAAGCAGUGCAAAUAUCACUGGAAAGACCCAUGCUCGAGGCCUAAAAUCACUCCAGUCAUUGGGGGAGAUUUAUCAAAACUGGUAAAAAGGAAAAAGGGCUUAGCUGCCCAUAGCAACCAAUCAGAUUCCACAUUUCA